CAGGCCGUUAAAUCAGUUAGAGGUGUGGCUUCAUUCACAGAUUCCUACUCUUAUCCCUUUAAACACAAAAAUUCAUUCUUCCUUUCUUUACUUAGUUUAACUGUGAAUCACUGUCCAAAACUCUGCAACAGCUUCACCACCCAAAUGUAUCUUCUGUUGUCAUUCAACAACUGAACUUCAGCUUUAGUUUCUUGUGAUUAGGACCUGUUUUCCUACUUAAUAUUAAUGGCGUUAUUUAGCCCACAACUUCAAAGGUUGUUUAUUUCCAACUAUGAAUGUAACAGAAGUAGUAGUACAGCAACAAAGAAUGUGAUCAUCCCAUCUAAAGGAAGAGGAGGAAGAUGCUGUUCGGCCAUUGCAAUUGAUGCUCCGUCAUCUUCUCUUUCAAAUGUUGUUAGAUGGGGUUCAGCUUUAGUACAAGGUGCCCGAGAAGAGAUGGAGGAUGAUCUUGUGGUUGUUCAGUCAUCAGAGGAUCUUGGCGGCUUUUCUUUUGCUGCUGUGUUUGAUGGACAUGCGGGUUUCUCUUCUGUCAAAUUUUUAAGGAACGAGUUGUACAAAGAAUGUGUAGUGGCAUUACAGGGGGGGCUCCUACUGAAGGAUAAGGGGUUGGAUACAGUAAAGAAGGCAUUAGAGGAGGCUUUUGCUAGCGCAGAUGGAAAACUCUUGACCUGGCUUGAAAGUAGUGCUGAGGAGGUCGAGUCUGGGUCAACCGCCACUGUUAUUCUUAUUGGAGAUAAGUUGAUGAUCAUUGCCCAUGUUGGCGACUCUAGUGUGGUAUCCUCAUGUACUCUUUGUGACUUUUGUUUUUCUGUCCGGGGAUCAGAACAUAGAUUAAUGCGAUUUAUUGUUCUUUUCCUGAAGGUCUUGUCUCGGUCAGGAAAAGCAGAAGUGCUUACCAAUUCUCAUAGGCCGUACGGACGUGAUCAAACUUCGCUCCAAGAAAUUAGGCGAGUUAGAGAAGCAGGUGGAUGGAUUAAUAAUGGCAGAAUUUGUGGAGAUAUCGCUGUAUCGCGUGCUUUCGGGGACAUGAGGUUUAAGACCAAAAAGAAUGAGUAUGUUUUAUGUAGUAUCUUGUCACAAGAUUGGUGUACCCUGCUGUGGCAUAGCUGGUCGAUUUUCUUUGUGAAUUCACGAGAUUUAAUGGCGUUUUAUUGAAUAAAUCAUUUUUUCUUUUCACUAUGAAGGAUGCUGGAGAAGGGGGUCAAAGAAGGUAGAUGGUCUGAAAAGUUUGUUUCAAGGUAGUGUUGAUUCUUGAUUUCAGAACAAGUAUCUCUUAUUAGUGAACCUUUACAUCAACUUGGUCGUCACAUAUAUCACGAUGAUUUGGACAUUUGAUUUGGCCGAUACAAUCGUUUGAAAUUACUCGUGUCACUUCUACAAUCUGCACAUGAACCAUCUCCAUAGAAUCGUCUUUCGUUGUCCCUUGAUAUUGCUAACAGCCUAUUUUAUGCCAAGUUAGAUCUAGAAAUUAUCAUAAUGAAUUUGGGUAAUAAUCUACGGAGGAUUUCUAUGAUGACCUGACCUUUCUGAAACUAUUUCAGGGUACAAUUUAGUGGGGACUUGGUUACAGCCGUGCCGGAUGUUUCCCAAGUUGCGCUGGGAUCAGAUGCUGAAUGUGCAAUAUUGGCAUCCGAUGGCUUGUGGGAUUAUAUCAGCAGGUUUAGUUGAGCCAUUCUUACAUUUAUUAACAGUAAUCCAUGACAUAUCAAUGAUCUUGAAACUCUAUGCUGUUGCAGUUCAGAUGCAAUUGAUUUCAUUAGGAACCAACUUCAACAACAUGGAGAUGUUCAAGUAGGUUAUACAUUGUCCUUGAUUCGUAAAUUCGUCUGCUUUGGUCUGGCUUUCAUCUGACUUAAUUGUUAUUGAUCACAGAGAGCCUGUGAAGCCCUUGCCCAGAAAGCGCUGGUAAUAUUCGGCAACCAGGACCUGGAAAUGCUUCUCUAAAAUGAAGCGCUUAAACACUGAAAUUGAUUUAUUUUCUAGUUUUUCAUUUCAUCCUAAAGAAUGUUACGAAUUAAACCGCAGGACCAAGGCUCACAAGAUAACAUCAGCAUUGUCGUAGCUGAUUUCGGGUAUGCUUCUAUUUCGGGAAUUCUUCUUGUUUUCUUUUUGUCCCCUUGUAGUUGAAACCUACAAUAAAUGUACAAAGAUGUACCAAGUUAGGUUCUUUCACUCAUUUGUUUCCUCUCUGUUUGCAAUAAAGGCAGACAGAUUGGUCGAGGGUUGCCAUCCAGCAGCAAAAUGUCGUGGUUGAGUUGGUUCAAGCUUUGGCAACACUAGGGUUGGUUUCUUUUGGAAUUUGGUUAACCUCUCAGAUUAACUUCUGAUGUUGCAGCUUAGCACAUUAUAACCCCUGUAUUCUCUCUGUGUGUGUGUGUAUACAUAUAUAAGGUAGCCUCUUUUUAGACAGAAUUUGAACUACAUAUUUAUACACAGGAUAGUGAUACCAAUGUAAAUCUAACCCUCUGUGAAUUCAACCUUCCAUUCCUUCAGUGUACCACUGACACUUCAGCUGGCGUAACUCUCUGUGACUCACAUUUAUGAGCCAUAGGAGCUCACAGAAAGAAUAAUGUAACUAUGAUUGCAUUAAGAGAUAAUAUAAACAUGUCUGAUAACCAAAAAAAAAAAUUUUAAUCAAAUAAGAGAUGAUUAAUCUACAUUACAAUACAAAGUUUCUAGGCAGUGAAAUCUAACUUAUUGCUGAUUUUUUUAAAUCUCAUCAUUAAUUUAAUUCAUCCAUUAUUAUCCUCUCUUUUUACCUGUUUCAUGUAACGUUUUCCUUUUCCACUCGUAUUUUCAUCUUUUUUCUUUCCUUAUUGCAAUCUUUCCUAUUAUGUCAAUAUAUUCCUAUUCAUUGUUUUUUUUAUUAAUAUCACCCACUAAAAAUUUAUUUUUUUCAUAAGUUUUUAUUUUGAGCGAACUACAUCUUACUCCCGA